AUGCCGGCCGUCGACGAACCAGCUUCCGAACGGAAGCACACGAGCAGCUCUUACAGAGAUGAAUUGGCUCAUUACAAAGCCCAGUAUGAGCAACUUGAGGCGGAGCUUGCGGACUUUCAGUCCUCCAGCCGGGAGCUGGAGACUGAGCUAGAGAAAGACAUUGAAGCCUCGGAAAAGCGGGAGCGGCAGUUGAAAGAAAAGCUCGAUACAAUGCGAUACGAAGUUGACGAGUGGAAGUCCAAGUACAAACAGUCGAAGACCGAAGGAAACUCUGCACAGAACAAUCUGCAAAAAGAAAUCACGACCCUGCGAGAUGCGAACCGCACCUUGCAACUGAAGCUUCGAGACAUUGAAGUUGCCAAUGAUGAUUAUGAGCGCCAAGCCCGAAAUACGACGUCGUCCCUGGAGGACAUGGAGUCUAAGUACAACAUCGGCAUUGAGCGUGGGGUCUUGCUAGAGGAGGAAAUCAGGACCGGGGAGCAAGAGCGCGAACAACUGCGCAUUGACAACCAACGCCUCCGCGAUGAGCUGGCCGACCUGAAGAUUGAGGCUGAGAUCAUCCAAGAGAAGCUUCGAAACACCGAAGGCCAUGGCUUCCGCCGCCGCAAGCCCACCCCUCUCUAUCAUCGCAGCCCAGCAACUCCGCAAAGCUUGGAGAUCUUCGACCGUUCGCCUGCCACCGCUACCCCGUCACCAGUCUUCGCUACGCCCCCCACUAAACCAUCCCUUGCGUCGUCGACCGCUACCCCUCCUUCGCCUCCUAUCUCCGAGUCGUCGGUGAACAUGCGCAAGUCGAUUAGCGCAUAUUCCAAUGCGACGCCUACGUUCCCCCGACAGAGAGCUGCUGGUGCAGAGCCAGUGAACUCUAGAACCCUUCAUGCUCGAACUCAACCGCGCGCGACUCAUUCCCGAACUACUUCCCUUGCUUACAGCAAUGGUGCUUACAGCAAUAGCAAUGGGCGGUCCACUCCAUCCAUGUCGCUCUCGUCUCGCAGCACAUUGUCGAGAGUGAACACCUCGCGGCCGCCAGCCAUUCCCAAGUCUGGAUCCCUGUUCCAGAUCCGCGGCCUGAUCGGCAAGAUGCAGAAGCUUGAAGAGCGCGUCCAAUCGGCCAAAUCACGACUUCCCGCCCCAUCCGAUACGUCCUCUCGUGGAUCCCCUCGCUCCGGGUCUGUGGCUAGCGAAAGUCCGGUCCCCACGUCGAUCACCGUUCGUAGAAAUUCGCACAAGCGCCAGAGUAACAGUAGCUUGGGCUCCUCUGUGCGGGAUAGCGAAGGUACUCCGUCGCACGUUCCACCGGGUCGUCAGUCGUUAGGAAAACCCGGUGAGAGUCGCCCGAGUAGCCGAACCAGCUUUUCCAGCCGCAGUUCCUUCAGCCAAAGCGUGCAUUCCGGUGUUCCGGUGAAUGGCCGGCCUGAAAGUCGUUCCAGUCGUCCUGGAGCCAAAACCCCCUUGGGUCACUACUCCACGAACCCUAUGACGGAAGGACGGCGGCCUCGAUCUUCUCUCAGCAACCACGCCGGCCAACUCCCUAACAUCGCUGGCAUGUCGCUUAUUGAUGAGGAUAAAGAUAUUCCCACGCCCACGACCUCCCGCCCCCCUCAGGAUAUUCGGCGACCAUCGGUCUCGACCACCCCCACUCCUGGAUUGAAGAAGCGCACCCCCAGUGGCAUCCCAGCUCCGCGAAGUUUCAAGACGAGUAUCGGACCUGGUUCGAUGCCACCGCCCAGCCGCAAACCCCAAGUCAGCGACCUGGGGGAGACCUUUUGA